AUGGAUGGAAUCUCAAGAUUGUUGGUGCUGUCAAUGGUCUUUGUGAUUUUGUUUGGUUUUCAAAGAGAGAAGACUGUUGUAGUUAUGGCUAUUGAUGAAGAUGAAAACGCGCUUUGUAGCGUUAAUCUGGCAGAAUUUCUUCCUCCUCCUUAUGGUGGUCUUGAAAAUAUGGUUUGUCAACCUGUUUGGAACUCUUUCCUGCUGCGUUACUCUCAGAGUAAAGACAAUGUGAUCACCAUUUUGUUAUCAACCAUUUACACAAGUGGAUGGGUAGGAAUGGGGUUCUCCCCCGACGAAAUGAUGAUGAAUUCUAGCUGUAUGGCUGGAUGGGUGACUCCUGCAGGUCAUGGGAAAAUCAAGCAGUAUUAUGUUGAGGGCUUCACUCCCUCAAAAAUCAUACCAGAUAAAGGAGAGCUGCCAUUGACAAGUGUUGCACCUCUCAUCUAUCUUCAAGGUGCCACAGUUUACUUGGCCUUCCAGUUGAAGUAUCCAACUCCCCUCAAAACUCAACCAAUGUUACUAGCCUUCUCCACCAAAUAUCCUCAGCACCACCAUCUAACCACUCACGAGGAUAAAACAACCAUAAAAUUUGACUUCUCUUCAGGUUCCUCAUUUGCUGCCACUGCUGCACCUAAUAACUAUAUUAGUUCAAAGACCCAUGGGGUAUUGGGUAUAUUGGGAUGGGGACUAUUCUUGCCCUUUGGAGCAAUUUUUGCAAGAUACUUUAGGAGCCAACCAUUAUGGUACUACUUUCAUGUAUCUGCACAAUUCAUAGGAUUCAUUCUAGGACUUGCUGGAGUGGUUCUCGGAAUUCAGCUCAACAACAAGCUGCAACCCUAUAUUCCAGGACAUCAAGGCAUAGGCAUUCUUAUUCUAGUGCUUAGUAUUCUUCAGGUUUUGGCAUUCUUCGUAAGGCCAGAUAAAGACAGCAAGUAUCGCAAGUACUGGAAUUUGUAUCACAGUUGGGUGGGGAGGACUGCUCUCUUCUUUGGAGCUGUGAACAUAGUAUUGGGGAUGCAUUAUGCAGGCGCAGGGCAAGGGUGGAAAAUAAGUUAUGGAUUUGUUCUCGCUUCAACAAUGUUGGCAUGCAUCAUCCGGGAAACAUUGUUGAGACUAAAGAAGUUGGAUGAACCAAGUCUUCCUUCAAACUACCCCAUGAAUUCAUUCUAGCAAAGAUCUAAAAACUUUAAUUGCUAUAGGUAGACUGGGUGAACAGGUGGAUUCCCCCUCCCCCCAAGCAUUUCAUUCACCAUUAGGAGUGCUCCUUACCAUAGCUGUAUAGAAUUCUAUCCAAAAUAUGCUUUUGUGGGUGAAAUUGGAUUCGGCAGGCUCAGUACUCUAAGGGUCAAGCCUCCUUGAAACAAACUCAACACCUUUUCUGGUGCUCUUCAAAAUUUCUCCUCUGAAGGAAAACUGAACUUUCCCUUCUUUAUUUCACAAUCUUCAGUGCUUUUUAAGAGAUUGCAUGUAUUGACAACUUUUACCUAGCAAACAUUUGUUUGUGGCUAUCACUAGUAUAUUAUUGUGACAUUGGAUCAGUAUGUAUUUCACCCUUUACUCAUCAGAGCUGUUGUUAGACACCUAAUAGUCUUACAAUGUAUGCUACAUGAUUACUUUGGAUAAUAUCCAGCCA